AUGUUGAAUUGCGUGUUGCGCUCCUUUUCUGCAAUUGCCCGUAUCACACCAAUUAGGCAGGUUCAGAGCCAGGCUAUCUCCAAGGCAGCGAUUAUUGAUUUAAAGUCAAGAUGGGAGAACUUGCCAGCGGUAGAACAGAAUGAGCUUGUGACCAAGUUGUCAGAGAGACAAAAGUUGCCAUGGAAUGAGUUAACCCAGACCGAGAAGCAGGCUGCUUGGUACAUCUCGUAUGGGGAGUGGGGGCCAAGAAGACCUGUACAUGCCAAAGGCGAUGCUGCUUCUAUUGCGAAGGGUGUUUUUGUUGGUUUACUAGGUUCUUUGGCUUUGUUUGCAUUGAUCAGACAAGCGGCUGCAGAGCCCCCAAAGACAAUGACUAAGGAAUGGCAGUUGCAAUCCGAUGAAUAUUUGAAGUCGAAGGAUGCUAACCCAUGGGGUGGUUACUCACAAGUUCAAUCCAAGUAA